UCCCACCUAGUUUGCUUAGAAGCUAAAAUGAGUACCGUACCAGACUAUUACAUCUCUUCUUCCUACCGGAAGAUUUUCGGGGACUCCCCUCGCUUCUCCCCGUCUCAGUCUCGCCUGAACAGCGGGAUCUCACCACGGGGUAUCGUAUCUUCCAGCGGUUUUAGAUCACAGUCUCUGUCUCGCUCCUCCGCAGGUUUUCACAAGCGAUCGGGGUGGCCUUCUUACUCACCCGUAUCAAGCGACAUCCUUGAUCUGAACCAGACAUCAGUUAUCACCAAUGAGUUCAAGAUCAUUCGGACUAAUGAGAAGGAGCAGCUUCAGGGGCUCAACGAUCGCUUUGCAAUGUUCAUCGAGAAGGUCCAUAAUUUGGAGCAGCAAAAUAAGGUUCUGGAGACGGAGCUGGUGGCCCUGAGGCAGAGGCAGACGGAACCAUCCCGCCUGGCAGAGAUAUAUCAACAGGAGAUCCGGGAGCUCCGAUCUCAGCUGGAGGAGGUGAAUGGGGAAAGGGCGCAGAUCUUCAUCGAACGAGACAACAUUGAAGAUGAACUUCAGAAACUUAAAGCGAAAUAUGAAGAAGAGAUGAGAGCUCGGGAAGAAGCCGAGCAGACCGUGAAAGCCUACAUGAAGGACGUUGACAGUGCCACCUUGGUGCGACUGGAUCUCGAGAAGAAACUGGAAUCUCUGCUGGAUGAGAUAGCCUUCAUGAGGAAGGUGCAUGAUGAAGAGGUCGCUGACCUGAUGAGCAUGCUCCAGGCCGCUCAGGUCUCCGUGGAGAUGGAGGUAUCAAAGCCGGAUCUCACCUCAGCCCUGAAGGAGAUCCGCGGCCAGUAUGAAUCCCUGGCUAACAAGAACCUGCAGGCUUCGGAGGAGUGGUACCGGUCCAAGUUUGAGAACCUGAACGAGCAGGCAGCCAAAAGUAACGAGGCGAUGCGCGCGAGCAGGGAGGAGAUCGGCGAGUUCAGGAGGCAGCUCCAGUCCAAGACCAUCGAGAUGGAGAGCCUUAGGGGGACCAAUGAGUCGCUGGAGCGCCAGCUUCGGGAGAUGGAGGACAGGCACAACAUGGAAAUCGACACUUUACAGGAUACAAUUGGACAGCUGGAUAAUGAACUGAGGAACACGAAGAGUGAGAUGGCACACCACCUGAGAGAAUACCAGGACCUGCUGAACGUCAAGAUGGCCCUGGACAUUGAGAUCGCAGCAUACCGGAAACUGUUGGAAGGGGAGGAAACUCGCUUCAGCACCAGCCCAGCUUUGCCCAGCAUGGGGGCCGGCAUGACCUACACCUACCAGACCCACGUGCACAGCAGCGCCAUCAAGGAGAGACAACGGGCCAGUCGCUCGAAGGGCGUCGCCCAGGCUGUGGACACUGAAGAGACGGCCAAGGAGACUGUCGAUUCCACAAAGAAAGUCGAGAAGAAUGAGGCUGUUAACGUCAAACCCAGCACACAGACAAACUGAGUCCCUCUCAUUCUGCUAGUGCGCUCCACAAUCACGCAAUACUACUAUACUCCCUCAUGCUGCCUAGACUAGACUGAAGUGCUACAACAAUAUAUUACACUGUGUCAUGUGCAAUACUUUAAUACUCUGUAUAUACUCUAUACUAUACUGUAAUACACUAUACUAUAAUAUACUACACUACACUAUAGAAGUGUAUUUAUCAAUAUAUUCUCUGUAUAAUCUACAAUGCUCUCUUUCGAAAUUGUAUACUAAAGCAAUGGGAAAGCCUUUUCCACUGAGGAUCCCUCUGUCUGCUGGAUUUCACACCUGGAGCAGCAGGUGAACUUAUAUCCAACCCUAGUAGUAAAUUUAACAGAGCGUUUAAGAGUCAAAGUAUAACCAAUAUGAGCACAUCCUACAUCCACUGAUUGGGUAGUGUUCCCCAAUAACAUUCUAGAAUGUCAGAAUAGUUUCUCGCAAUGUUAUGCUCACAGUACUACAGUACUUUGUGACUCUGUCAUUGGCAAAUCUCUUUCAGUCUGUAUCAUGAUCAAAUAGCCUAAGACACUUCAGUGUUUGAAAUACUACACACUGAUUUCCAAUAACUGCAGCAUAUCCUUCAUGGUCUAACAUUUUUCCUGGCAUGAGCCAUAAACUCCAUUAUAAUUACACUGCCAAAAUGCCUUGUGUGUAUGUAGUGUUCAUGAGCGCACAGUCGCGUGCAUGUUGUUGCGUGUGCAUAUAUGCGUGUUUUUGGUGCACAUUAAAAUUAGAACAUACUAUAACAAAAA